AUGAACCAGCAUCAUCCCCUUAACCAAGCGGCCAACGGCGGACAGACAUCCUCCGACCUGCAUAUCUACGAAAUUCUGGAUGAUGAAAUCGGUUACGAUGCUGACGUGGAGACUGUGAGGCCGGACGCAUACGAGGAACCUGAUUCAGAGAAGAGCGAGGGCGCUACAAGUUCAAGUGAGAAUGAAGAACGCUGGCAAGAUGAGCUUGUGAAGCAGAUGAAGACCCUAGAUUGCAGUUCAAAUGCUACGACUGUCUCCAAUGAAGAUGGUUCGAGCCGUGGCCGCAAGCGCAGAUCGAAGGACGCUUUUGGCUCAUCAGCUGUACAGGUAUCUACAGGACUGUCAGAGAGUCGACUUGAAAUCACCGAAGUCGCCGAAAUCGCAGAUGAGCAGGAGGCAAGGCCGCGGCCGAAGAGAAUGCGGCGCAGGAGUCGGAGGUCUAAGACCAUCCAUGGGAUUCUCUGUAAAUCGUUGGGUAGCCAGUCUGAGCCCGGAGAGCAUGAGAGAUGGAGGACAGGCUCGAGAGCUGUUACAGAAGAUUCUGUUGCAACCGAAUCGUCACCUCAAGACCCUCUAGACGAUGCUAUGGAACUUGGCUAA